CAGAUCGACCCACCUACUGCUUGGCUUAGAAGUGAUGCAAACACUGCAAGGUGAGGAAAUUCAGAGUUCAUCUGAGUGUUUUCAUCAACAUGUGUGAUGAAAUCAUGCAGCAUUCAGAAACGAGCAGGGGCAUGAUGUGCACCUAAAGGCACAUGAGGAAUGUUAUCAUUCCACUGACUGAACACUCACUGUUCCCUCUGCAGAUAAAAUGAAGGAAAUCAUUGUAUUACUAUCUUUGUGGGGACCUUUAACCUUUUUCUAACCUAAUUACUGCAAAUGAGCAUUAACCUUCAAACAGCUGCUUGAACAUUAGGGAUCAGGAUUUUUAUUUUUUGGUGCUGUGACACACACGCACACGCACACUACAGAGCCACAUCACGCCAUCGGAAUCUCCGCCAGCUGCGCAGACUCGGCAGCCCCCCCUCCGCUCCGCUCGUCACAUCGGGGUCUUUCCGUCGGUUCUACGCGGAUUUAGCGGACUUAUUUAAUUCAUUCCUCGUUAUAUAAUAACACAGCGACUUAAAACACACACUCAGCGGCACACGGUGACCGUCCUCGACCCGCAACCCGAUGCUAAAGUCCUCUUGACAGACUUGAAGAGACAGCGCUGACCUGGAUAACUGCCGAGAACUGCUGUCCCACACUGAGACAGGUCUCUCCGAGCAGACAGACUACAGCGUCAGCAGACCUUCACCAGCCUGCAGCUCAACGAGCAGCAGCAAGUAGCACCCACAUCAUCCUCCUCCUCAGUCCUCCUCCUCUUCAUCACAUCCGACAUGGCCGACCCCAGCCUCACGUCGCCCUCUGGGACCCCGCUGCGCUCCCCCACCUCCUCCCUCACCUUGUCCUUUCCCUUCCUGAGAGAGGGGAGCCGGGUAUGGGAGGACGGGAAGGAGAAGCCGCUGCCUCGGGAUCUUCCCAGCCCGCUGCCGACCAAACGCACCCGCACCUACUCUGCGACGGUUCGCGCUCACUCAGGUCCAGUUUUUAAGGGAGUAUGUAAGAACUUCUCCAGGUCACAAGGUCACGGCUUCAUCCAACCUUCCCACGGCGGCGACGACAUCUUUGUUCACAUCUCAGACAUUGAGGGGGAAUACGUCCCAGUUGAGGGCGAUGAGGUCACGUACAAAGUGUCCCGGGUCCCGCCCAAGAACCUAAAGGUGCAGGCGGUGGAGGUGAAGAUCACACACCUGAACCCGGGCACGAAACACGAGACGUGGUCCGGGCAGACCAUCAGCUCAUAGGGCCGUGAGCUCCAGGCCUGGAGGGUUGGACGGGGUUCUGGUAAAUGUGCUGGGGGACCUACUUAACUGUGCUCAAACUCAUUAGUUAAAAACACGUUUUACCUGCACAGCAAGUGUUAAAAAGAGGUAAAGUUAUCGUUGGCUGAUGGAUUUGCUGUGCAUGUGAAACCGCCCCUUUAUUCGUUGUUACGAGAAAGUUACAUUUACUGUUUUUUUCUUAUAGUUUUUGUCAAAUCUGAGGUUGGAUUGUAAUCGUGAUGAAUGAGGGAUUUGAUCAUGGGCCUGUUUCUUUGUGAAAAUCUAAUGGCGCAAAUCUGCAAUCCGUGCCGUGACUUUGGAGGGUUUGUGCGCAUAGGGACGGCGACAAAGAGCGGAAUUCAGUUUCACUUCCCCUCUUGUCAGUUGUUUACAGCGCCGAAGUUUCCAGGAUCACAUGCUGGGUGCAAAUGUGGGUCAGAUGACUUACCCACGCCUGGCAGUGUUUUUAUAUCAAGAUAGACGAGUUAGUGGAGGUAAAAGAAAGUAGUUGAGGGACGUUAGGUCGAAGAGAUGUGAAGAAGAUAAAGAAAGGUGAAAUGACAAGUUGACAGUGUUAACCCUCGUGUCGUCAAAAUUGACCCGUUUCAAAGUUUGAAAAUGUGGAAAAAAAAUAUUUUUUCACAGUAAAACUUCUGAUGUCCACAUUUUCAACAUUUUGGGGAAAUCUUUCAGCAUUUUUUUGGUGGAAAAAAAGAAAUGUUAAAAAUGUUUCUGAAGAACAUUCACAUAAAAAUCAACCAAAAUCCAGCGAAAUUCGCUGGAUUUUGGUUGAUUUUUAUGUGAAUGUUCUUAAGAGAAUAUUAGAAGUUUUACUGAUAUAUAUGUAAUCAUUUUAGAUAUUUUUAGGAUUUUUUUUGGAAAUUUUUUACUCAUUUUUUGAAAAUAUUUACUAUAAUUUUCUUGCCAAAUUUUUUUCUACAGAGAUUUUUUUAAUAAAACUUUUUUAGGGAAACUUAAGGAAUUAUUGGAAUUUUUUUUCUUGAAGGUUUUGCAAAUUUUCAGAAAUUUAGGGAAUUUUUUUUUCUGAAUUUUUGAAUUUUUUUCAGACAAGGAAACAGUAUUUUGUGGUGCCCGUAAAUGAGGACAACAGUAGGGUUAAAAGCAGUGAUAGUUUUUCAUUUAAAAACUCAACAGUAAUCAUAAACCCAGGAUGUUUUAUGAAUAGCUCUUCUUGCAUCCUUGACAGCUCAUUUUAGAAAAACCGACCUGAUGAAUUAAAAUGUUUAAAUUGAGGGGGAAGUGUGCUGAUGUUUGGGAGGAAAUUCAGGAAUUCAGUCGGUCAGAAAGGUAAAAAAUAUCUUAGUUUCCCUUAAAAAUGGUAAGUUUCUGUUGUGCUGUCUUGUUUGUGGUUAUUUAUUUCAGUUAUUUUUUGUUGAUUCAUUCGUGUGUGUGUGUGUGUGUGUGUGUGUGUGUGUGUGUGUGUGUGUGUGUGUGUGUGUGUGUGUGUGUGUGUGUGUGUGUGUGUGUGUGUGUGUGUGUGUGUGUGUGUGUGUGUGUGUGUGUGUGUGUUUCUUUAGAUUACAGACCAUAUUUUUGGAUUACACAGUUAAAACUUGCACUUGAGAAAGCUGACUUUCAAUCUACUAUGGAAACUGCCACAGUAAUUUCUGUUUUGAAGGGUCUGGAGCCAUGGACUGCUUUCAAACCAAUUUCUAAGUCUCUUUUUCUAUUAUUAUUAUAAAAGCUGUAUCUGUGUAUGACAUAUCAAGUGUGGUCAUUGUGAUGGUGAACUACAUGACUACCAAUAGAGCUCAUUAUUGUCACAUUGUCGUUUGUUGUUAUUCAGGUUAAAUGCUGUACUGUAUGUAUUUUUCUAUUCUGUGUUCCAUAGAGUCUCUAUGCAUCUCGUCUAUCCGUCGGUGUCACUGCCUGUAAUUGUUCGAUGAUAACUUUUCUUUCUUUUUUUUGUCACAUCAAAGGGCACUUUUAGUUGACUUUCUGUGGAGGAGCCACUGUGGUGGUGGUGAUCCCCAUGAUUAUGUCUACAGAGCCUUGAAACGACAUUAAAGCAUUUUACGAUUCACAA